UAUUAUUCGAGGUUGUCGUCAACUCCGCUGUCGACAUGUCUUCAAUAGGAUUAAUUUUAUUAUUGUGCACAGUGCUAAGCGGUUUAAUGAGUUCUAAUUCUCAGACAGUUCAUAAAAGAUUUGAAUACAAAUUCUCAUUUAAACCGCCGUAUUUAGCGCAAAAAGAUGGAUCUGUACCCUUCUGGGAAUACGGAGGAAAUGCAAUAGCGUCCGGUGAGAGCGUUCGUCUCGCUCCAUCUCUUCGGAGUCAGAAGGGUGCGAUAUGGACGAAGCAAAUGAUCAACUUCGACUGGUGGGAAGUGGACAUCAUGUUCAAGGUCACGGGGCGAGGUCGUAUCGGAGCUGAUGGUUUGGCUUUCUGGUACACGACGCAACGAGGCGACUACAACGGUGAAGUGUUCGGAUCAUCAGACCGGUGGAACGGUCUCGCGGUCAUCUUCGAUUCGUUCGACAAUGACAACAAACACAACAACCCCUACAUCAUGGCGGUGCUGAACGAUGGCACGAAGAACUUUGAUCACAAGAGUGACGGUACCACUCAGCUCCUCUCCGGUUGUCUUCGGGACUUCCGUAACAAACCGUUCCCGACUCGCGCCCGCGUCGAGUAUUACUUGAACACGCUCACCGUCUAUUUCCACAACGGUCUCACAAACAACGAGGCGGAUUACGAGCUGUGUUUCCGUGCGGAGAACGUUGUGCUCCCACGCGGAGGGUACUUCGGUCUGUCGGCCGCCACAGGGGGCCUGGCUGACGACCACGACGUGAUCCAUCUCCUCACAUCGUCUCUGUACUCCACGCAGCAGGCCGGCGGCCAGCAGAUCAGCAACGAUGAACAGCAGAAGCUCUCCCAGGAGUACCAGCAGUACCAGCAGAAACUCGAGCAGCAGAAAGAAGAGUAUAGGAAGGAGCAUCCUGAUGAAGUGCGUGACAAGGACGGAGAGUUCGAUGACUGGUUCGAAUCGGACGGCCAGAGGGAAUUGCGUCAGGUCUUCCAAGGCCUGGGACAGAUACAGGAUGUCAUGAGAGACCUACACAAGAAAGUCGACGAGGUUAUUGGAAAACAGAUGAACUCGCUAUCAAUGUUGACAGCGGUGUACAGCCAGUCUCAGGGACAACCCUUGCAGCCGACUCAACCCGGACAGGUACCACAGAUGCCAGCGCUACCGAUCACGAGACAGGAUUGGGAAAUGAUGGCGACCAACAAUCAGAUUAUGAUUAACACAAUUGCAGAGCUAAAGGGUUUCGUGAUUGAAGUGUCACGUAAGUCUGACACGCUUCUGGCUGGCGGGGCGGGCUCCGCUCCCAGUCCGCAGCUGCUCACCGAGAUGCGAGAUGGAAUGAACCAGGUCAAGCAGACCGUUGCCAGCGUCGCGCAGAGGAUGGCGGCAACACCUCAAGUGGUGGCUCAACCGAUGUGUCCCACGAUAUCUUGCGUGUCCACCACCACGCUGCUGGUGGUGAUCACCUGCCAGCUGCUCGUUAUGUUCCUCUACGGAUUGUAUAAGGAAAGGAAGGAGGCUCAAGCUAAGAAAUUCUUCUAAGUGUGUGUGUGCAGCUACUUACGUACGUUACGUGUGAAUAUGAGAUCUAUUGAGAAGUUAUGAGGUUCACAUUAGUUUGGAUGUAUCAAAAAAUGUUCAUAUUUAAAAAUAUGUAGCUUGUAGCUGAGAGAUUAUAGUUAAAAAAAUAUAUUAGUGUAAUCUAUUUAUACAUAUAAUAUUUUUUUUUACCAUUUGCCUCUAAUUUUAUUUUAAAAAUAAAUAAAUGCAUUUUUUUAUGACUUUUGUGAUAAAUUUUGUCGGUUGUCUUGCAUCGAAUUCCUAAUAUUGCACAAAAUAUAUAAUAUUUUUAUGUACUAUGUAUAUUUUCAGACAAUUAUAUGUAAUAUCAUUUGAAUUAUUAUUUUUCUUAAUAUAUAGAAAUUAAUAUACACAAUUGUUAAAUAUAGUGGCUUACAUAAUAUUCAAGUAUAACGAAUGCAGUUUAAGGAGACAGGGCGGGGGAAGAGAAUGUUGUCUGUAAAAGUAUGUUAUGAUAGUAAAAUUUAUAUUAUUUUAUUAAGAUAUAUCUGAUGUGGUCCAGUGGCUUGAACACUGAACCCGAAGGUUGCAAGUUCUAACUCGGGCAAGCUCCACUGAAGUUCGAAUUUCCAUGUGUUUUAAAAUAUCUUAUUGCUUAUAAUGCAUCUCGUGUAUGAUGUACUAAAACUUGGAUAGGGGUGCACUUGUUUAGGAUGAAAAUUUGUCUCCUAUAAGACCAGCAUGGUGGCGUUAUCUAGAAACAUACACUGAAUUUUCUUGAUGUACGGUUGAUGUGAUCAAAAAAACCGUAUUCGUUAUAUUUGAGUGUCGUCUGUGUCAAAAUAUUAUUUUUUUUGGUUUUAAAUAUAAUAAAUGAAAGUGGUUGUGGGGAUUGGCAUUUAUGUUUUGUUCUGAAGGGAGAAGUGCAAAAUGUUGUAUUUUUUUUAAAUCGUUUUUAUUUGUAAUUGUUUUUAAUGAUCUAUUGAUAUCUUUGUUAUAAAUAGCGUGCCAAUUUUUCGCAAUUAUAAUAUUAAGUUAUUAAUAUUGUGAACUUGUGUUGUCAAGUUGUUUGUUUCGGUUUCUGUAAUUAAAUUGUCAACAAUAAUUGUCUAUUUUAAUUUAUAUAAGAUCAAAAAUGUAAAGUGCAUUUUUAUUAUAUACAUAUAAAAGUUUAAAUGGAUGUACGUAAGUAGAGUGAAAUGAGAUUCAAUUUUUUUUACCAGCGUGAGUGAAGAAGGGUGAUUUAUCUGUACAUAAAUAAAUAUUUAUAUUUUUCUUUUAGUAAAUUUUAUUAUUUGUCACAA